AUGGGUAAGAAGGACGAGACCCCCGAAGAGCGCGCGGCGAGGAAGGAGAAGGAGAAGAAGGAGAAGAAGUCCGAGAAGAAGGACAAGAAGGACCGCGACGAGACCCCGGAGGAGCGCGCCGCGCGUAAAGCGAAGAAAGAGGCGAAGAAAGCGGCGGCCGAUGCGAAGCCGACGAAGCAAGCGCCGCGCGGUCCUCCGCCCGGGCGCCCUCCGCCGGUCCUGAAAGGCCGCAAAGCCGACGCCGGGUACAUGGACGGCAUGGACCUCCCGUCCUCGGAAGGCAGCGGCGACGAGGGCGAGGCGAUCGAGCGCGAGGAGAAGACGAUCGUCCUCGGCGGCAAGACGGAGAAGGAGGAGCGGAAAGCGAGAGCGAAAGAGCUCGAGGCCGCGCGCAAGGAAGCGCUCGCGAAGGAGCAAGCGAUGGCGGAGGACGACGACGCGUUCACCGUGCGAACCGCCAUCAUGAGCGACGAGCAGAGGGAGCAGAUGGCCAACACGAAGGACAUCAAGAUCGACGGUUUCUCCGUCAGCGCGCGCGGGAAGGAGCUUCUCGUCAACACCGACCUGACGAUCGUGCACGGGCGCAGGUACGGCCUCGUCGGUCCGAACGGGAUGGGGAAGACGACGAUCAUGAAGCUCCUCGCGCGAAGGAAACUCCCGGUGCCGGACUUCAUCGACAUCUUGCUCGUCGAGCAGGAGGUGGUGGGCGACGAUCGCACGGCGUUGGAAUCCGUCGUCGCCGCGGACGUGGAGCUCGCCAACUUGCGUAAACGGAAGAUGGAGCUCGAGUCCGCGAUGGAGGCGGUCGCGCGAGGGGAGGAGAUGGGCGGCGAGGAGGGGCACAAGACGCGCGAGGACGCGCUCGCGCGCGCGCUCGCGGCGUGCAAAGUCAGCGAGGACGCGGAGAGCGGCAACGGCAUGCGCGGCGCGCUCGCGGUGAAAGCCGCGCUCGAGGAAGCCGGGGAGAUCAACGAGGAUAACUUCGACCUGAGCGACCAGCUGAACAAGACGUACGAGCGACUCGACGAGAAGGGCGACGCGACCGCGGAGGCGAGAGCGUCGAAGAUUCUCCACGGUUUAGGGUUCACGGUGCCGAGAAAGGACGGCAACAGCGGGCCCGAGCGGUUCAGCAUGCACAACACGACCAAGUCCUUCUCCGGCGGGUGGAGGAUGCGCAUCUCGCUCGCGAGGGCGCUGUUCAUCGAGCCGACGUGUUUGUUGCUCGACGAGCCGACGAACCACCUCGACUUGAGAGCGGUCAUCUGGCUCGAGGAGUACUUGAUGCGGUGGAAAAAGACGCUCCUCGUCGUGUCGCACGAUCGGGAUUUCUUAAACUCCGUCUCCACGGACAUCAUCCACCUGCACGACCAGAAGCUGUCGCAGUACCGCGGCUCGUUCGAGUCGUUCGAGGAGAUGUACGAGCAGCGACGCAGAGAGGCGAACAAGGCGUUCGAGAAGUACGAGAAGCAGAUCAAGCAAGCGAAAGCUGCGAAGGGCGGGCAGGCGAAAGGGAAACAGGCGGACGUCAAGAACCAGGCGAAGAAGGACGCGGAGAAGAAGCAGCAGAAGAAGGGGAACAAGGGGAUGAUGGACGACGCGGAGGACGACGGCAGAGGCGAGUCCGCGGCGCCGAGGAAGUGGACGGACUACGAGGUGGAGUUCCACUUCCCGACGCCGACGGAGCUCCCGCCGCCGUUGAUGUCCUUGACGGACUGCCACUUCAAGUACCCGAAACUCGAGGGGUUCGCGCUCGAGAACUUGAACCUCGGGAUCGACAUGGGGACCAGGGUCGGGAUCAUCGGCCCGAACGGCGCGGGGAAGUCGACGCUCAUGAACCUCCUCGCGGGCGACCUCGAGCCGACGAAGGGCGACUCGCGGCGGUCGCACAAGCUUCGAAUCGGUCGGUACUCGCAGCACUUCGUGGACGUUCUCUCCAUGGACGAAAACCCGGUGCAGUACCUCCUGCGGUCGUACCUCAAGCCCGAGGGCGGGUCGUACAAGCCCGAGGAGAUCCGCGCGAAGCUCGGGAAGUUUGGUCUUCCCGGACACAACCACCUCACGCCCAUCGUGAAACUCUCGGGAGGGCAAAAGGCGCGGGUCGUGUUCACCGCGAUUCAGCUCUCGAACCCGCACAUUCUGCUCAUGGACGAGCCGACGAACCACCUGGACAUGCAGUCCAUCGACGCGCUCGGGACAGCGCUGGACGAGUUCGACGGCGGCGUCGUCCUCAUCACGCACGACGCGCACAUUUGUUCCAAGGUGUUGGACGCGGAGACGUCUGAGAUUUGGGUCGUGGACGAGGGCACCGUGGAGAAGUUCGACGGCGACUUCCAGGAGUACCGCGAGAAGCUCGUGAAAGAGAUCGCCGCGGAGCUCGACGCGGAGGAAGUUUAG